UUUCUCCGACUGACUUCACCACCAUCUCUCUCUCUCUCUCUCUCUCUCUCUCUCUUCCUUCCUUCUUCCUUCCUCCUCUUCCUCUACCUCACACUGCGAGCUACGCACGCACGCACGCAGGGUUCUCCAAACCUCCCUCCCUCCCUGCCUCCCUCGCCAACGCAUUCCGCAGGAGAACGAGAAAACAGCGAGGGAAGAAGACGACCCACGUGACGUCGCGCCCCUGAAUCUGCAGAAAGGAGCAAGAACAGAGAAACCGGAGGCUCCGACAGCCGUUUCCGAAGCGACGCCGGGUAGGAAAAAAACAAAGAAAAGCGGGAGAGAAAGCGGAGGGCUUUCCCGGCGGGCCGUUUCCCCGCGGUCUUCCCGAUCCUUCCGCGAGGCUCUCCAAUCUAGGUUUCUUGGUCUUUCUGCAGUUCCCCUGGUCUUGGGGGAUUUCGCGGUUUUGGCGUGAAGCGCAUGUGCGUUGCGCCCGCUCAGAAUUGCUUGGGCUGAUUGUUUUCGGAGCUUGGGAGGUUCGGUGAUGAAUGGUUGAGACGGAUUUGGAUCGGAACCUCGUUGUUGUUGUUGUCGGCGGCGGCGGUGGAGAUUUGGUGGCAUGAGCAGCUCUACUGGCGAGCCCUGCAACAAGGGCAUUGAUGGGAGUGUAGGAGGGUUGGUUUGGGUUAGGCGGCGGAACGGUUCUUGGUGGCCUGGUCGGAUUAUGGGCCACGACGAGCUGCCCGAGAGCUGCCUGGUCUCGCCGAGAUCGGGUACUCCAGUGAAGCUCCUUGGUCGCAAGGAUGCUAGCAUAGACUGGUAUAACCUCGAAAAAUCCAAGAGAGUGAAGGCGUUUCGUUGUGGGGAGUACGACGAUUGCAUUGAAAAGGCAAAGGCAGCUGCAGCCACUUUAAGUAAGAAAGUGGUGAAAUAUGCAAGGAGAGAGGAUGCAAUCUUGCAUGCUCUUGAGCUUGAGAGUUCUCGAUUGGGGAAGGACCAUCCAGAUUUUUAUUGUAGAAAUUAUUCAUCGGUGAGAGAUGGUGCUUUGGCUACGGAGUCUCCUACAAUCUCAGAUUCUGGUAGAGGAAGUGAUGAAGUUUCUGGAGAUCAGAGUGACGGUGAUACCGAUUCACAUUCUGGGCUUGAGUUAUCUCGGUCUGGCAUAUCUUUUGAAGAACCAAAUCAUGUCUGUUCUUCUAAGCUGCAAUCUGCCCAGGGAAGGAGGAAAACCCCGAAUGAUUCGGAAGAUGAUGGAACCGAAGGAACCAAGCGCAUGAGAGGGCUUGAGGAUCUAGGCAUGGGUGUGGUGUCUAACAAGACAGUUCAGGUUGUUGCCGUUGUUGAGUCGGUUCACCAAGAUAUAUCUCCUGGCACAAGUACUGUCAAUUUUGUGCCAAAUGGAAUUCCUGUUAAUGGUUGCAAAAACUAUUCUUCAUCUCUGAAGAGAAAGAGAUCUCAAGUGGCAAUAGUGCAUGACUUCCUAAAAAAGAAAAAUAGACGUCGUCCUUUGACCAAAGUUUUGGAGAGUACGGCGAUGGUGUCCGUUCCUGUUACUUGUGACCAGUUAGCCUCUUCAAGUGGUAAUUGUCUUGGCACUGCAUCCGACUGCAAGGCAUCUGGAUUGGAACAACUUGAUUCAAAGAAAACAUCUCCCAUUGUCCCGACGAACUCAGAAAGCCCUGCAGUUUCACAUGACAAUGAGCCAACAGUAAACGAUUGCAAGCAUGCUCAGAAAACCAACGAUUGCUCGAAGACAAAGGAAACUUCCCGCUUAUCGGGGCUACAUGAGAAUGAAUUAUCUGAUGUGUUAUUUGAUGUGCCAUUUGUUGGAGUUGAUAGAGACUCUACAGAUGACUUCCCAGGUUUUCCUCCAAUGCUAGCCAGGGCUCAACUCAGCAGCUUAGGAAGGCAUUCGAGUCAAAGCAGUCAAAUAGAAGCUGCAUCUUUGCCAUGCAACCACGUUAAUGAAUCUGGUCCCAACAGUUUGGCUGCUGUUCAUGUAGAUCAAGUCGGCCAAAGGAUAGACAAGGGUACUUCCAAAUGGCAGUCGAAAGGAAAGAGGAAUUCCAGGCAGCUAAGUAAAAACAGAAAACGACAUCCGGGAAGGUAUCUGGAAAUGGACGAGGAUACCAAUACUUAUCUGGCAGGUCUACAUAACCCUGAUGGUUGCUUGCUGGGUUCUGAUCGGAAACCUGGCAUCACUUGUAUUGAUGGAUCCUCUACUUUGCAUGCUAAACUGAAAUCAGGUAGCGAAGGUCAGGUGGAUGGGGUACCCGAUUGGGGCUUGCGAGUGUUCCCAGGAGAAUCUCACAUGAAAAGGCAAGCUGAGUUGAAGCCACCGCCCAAUGGCUCUCCGACUUCUCAAAGAUCGCUCCCUCAUCGUCAGUCUCGCUUUACGGUGCACUCUAGGCAUAAGACAGAUGAGUAUCCUAUUGGGGACUUGUACUCCAAUUCGCCCUUGUACGAUGUUGAGCUGGAAGUGAAGGCUAGCUAUCGUCCAACUCAUGUUCCUUUGGUUUCGCUCAUGAGUAAAUUAAACGGGAAAGCCAUUGUUGGACACCCUCUCUCAGUUGAGGUCCUAGAUGGUGGGUAUUGUGAUAAUCUGGUAAAUACGGGCAGCUGUGAUGCAAAUAAUCUCUCUGUUUGGGGUGGUUCUGAUAUGGGUCAUCUAGUUAAUAGAAGCUCGGGGCAUGUCCGACGAACUGCGAAGUCUCAUUCACGAAAGAAGCCGUCCAAGGCGAGGAAAUCGGGUCAGUUAUCUAAAAAGAUGCGGAAGUUGUCCUCAUUGACCGGACAUAAGCGAGGCGAGGACAUGGGGAAAUUUGCGGUAGAGAAGCCUGCUGGUCCUGUUAUAGCUUGCAUUCCAUUGAAAGUAGUGUUUAGUCGAAUAAAUGAAGCAGUGAACGGUUCAGUGAGACCAACGCAUCGGGCUUUGACAUCCAACAAUUAGUGAACUUUUUCUUGCUCUGGAAGUUGAUGCACGGCUCGAACUUGUUGCUGUAUGUAGUGCAUUUAUAGUUGCGGAUUUUGUUUCAGUUUUACUCUUAGCCUUAGACUCUCUGCUUUGUAUAUCAGCGAGCUCCUUUCUGUAUAAUUUGAUUCCAGAACGCAACCUCGUACGGAAGCUACUACCAGAUACCGUACAUAUUUAACAUUAGUUGAGGUGUAAAGUGGAAGUCUCUGGUAAUAGGCAAAAUUGCUCACAUGGUAGUGGUAGUAGACCUUCAUUAGUUCAAAUAUAUCGGGUUGGUUCUGUGAGCUAAUAACUCUUCUGUAUCUGUUGUUGGUCAUGGAACAUGUUUAUUAAUUUUAUCAAUUGAAGGAUCUUGUAGUUUUUGCGUGGA